AUGGCCACCGAGAUCCACCAGGUCGGGUCAGAAAGCCCUCCUUCGUCCAAGAAGGACCGCAUCGAGGAGAAAAACACCGUCGUCUCGGAAGACGUCGAGGGCAACUCUGACGACGACAGCAAACGCUUGGUGGCAGACCGGGCCGAAGCAACAGAGCUAACGCCAGUGGAGGCUUUCAAGUGGAAUGUUGAAGGCGACCAGUCUCCAUUCCCAGAAGUCGCGGCCUGUGUACCUAACACAGAUGACCCAAACCUCCCCUGCAACAGUGAAUACCCUUCCGUCCCUCCUAUGACUCCUGUUGGCAAUCCUUCUGACGUUCUCCAAGCUUUCCGUGCCUGGUUCCUGACAACCAUAUUCGUUGUCGUCUUUGCCGGGGCGAAUCAAUUUUUCGGUCUACGUUACCCCUCCUUAUCCAUCGGCUACGUCGUUGCGCAACUUCUGGUCUUUCCCAUUGGUCGUGCAUGGGAAAUUCUCCCUCGCUGGCGGCUUCCUCUGGGCCCCCUCUCUUUCGAUAUCAAUCCCGGCCGCUUCAGUAUCAAGGAGCACGCCCUCAUUGUUAUCUGCGUCAACAUCAGUUCCAGCAUAGCUUAUGCUUCGGGCGCACUUGUCUCUAUCAUCAGUCCCGUGUACUGGGACCGUGACUAUGGCGCGGGCUUCUCGUUCCUCUUCCUCCUGACCACACAGAUGCUCGGGUUUGGUCUUGCCGGUCUUUCGCGUCGAUGGCUUGUCUACCCAGGGGCGCUCAUUUGGCCGUCCACGCUAUCCUCCGCCGUUCUUUUCAGGGCUCUGCACGAGCCGCAGGAUAAUUCGCCAGCAAACGGAUGGACUAUCUCACGAUAUCGAUUCUUCUCAUACUUCACGAUCUUCGCGUUCGUGUUGUUCUGGUUCCCGGACUACAUCUGGACAAGCCUAAGCACUUUUGCCUUCAUCACCUGGAUUGUGCCGCACAACCAAAAGGUCAACACCAUCUUUGGAAUGAACUCGGGCCUUGGUCUCCUGCCAAUCAGCAUUGACUGGACGCAGAUCAACUAUGCCGGCAACCCUUUGAUCACGCCUUUUUACAUUACUUGCAACGCAUUCGCCGUGGUCGUGCUCUUCUAUCUAUUCCUGUCGCCAAUUCUGUACUACUCAAAUGUAUGGCAAAGCGCAUACUUGCCACUGCUCUCUUCGAGCACGUUCGACAACACCGGCUCAACGUACAACAUCACACGGGUCGUCGACGAGAACCUUAACUUCGUGCUCUCCAAGUACCAGGAAUACUCACCGAUGUACAUCUCAAUGUCUUACUCGUUGACGUACGCUCUUUCAUUCGCAGCGGUUACGGCAAUCGUGGUGCACACUUAUCUGUACAACGGCGCUGAAAUUUGGGCCAAGUUCAAAAAUUCGAGGCAUGGCGGGGAGGAUAUCCACAAGCGGCUGAUGAACAAUUACAAGGAAGUGCCUGACUGGUGGUACGGUGUCUUAACUGUUGUCAUCAUGGCGCUCGGCAUCGUGACUGUCAGCUACUGGGACACCGGAUUGCCAAUCUGGGGCUUCAUUGUGGUUUGCUUUGGCAUGGGUGUGAUUUUAAUCGUACCGGAAGGAAUUCUUGAAGGAACCACAAAUCAAAGAGUCUUCCUUAACAUCAUCACAGAACUCAUCGCUGGUUAUGCCUGGCCUGGAAAGGCAAUCGCCAACAUGAUGGUCAAGUGUUACGGGUACAAUAGUGUGAAACAUGGCAUGGACUUUGCCCAAGAUCUCAAGCUCGGCCAAUACAUGAAGAUCCCUCCGCGGGUUCUGUUCGUUGGGCAGAUUUACGCUUCAGUUCUGGCAACUGCAACACAAACUGGAGUUCUGCGCUGGAUGAUUGGCAAUAUUCCCAAGCUGUGCCACAGCGAUAACACACAGCGCUUUACCUGUGCCGGUGCUAAGGUCGUUUACAACGCAUCUUUGAUCUGGGGCACAAUCGGUCCUCAGCGCAUGUUCCAAUCUGGACAGAUCUACAACGCGACGAUGUAUUUCUUCCUUAUAGGACCCGUCGUGACUGUCCUGGUCUACUUGACCUACAGGAGAUACCCCAACAGCUGGGUGCGAUAUAUCAACGUGCCAAUUUUCUUCAAUGCAGCUGGAAACAUUCCUCCCGCGAACACUACGCAGUACAGCCUGUGGUUCAUCUUCGGUUUCUUGUUCAACUACCUGAUCCGUAAGAGGGCCUUCGCUUGGUGGAAGAGAUACAACUAUCUCUUGCAGAGUGCUAUGGACACAGGGACUGCCAUCGCCACGGUUGUCAUCUUCUUCGCCUUGAGCUACCACAACGUGAAACUCAAUUGGUGGGGGAAUACCGUCGGCUCAGACACAGACGAUGCCAACUCUGUGCCUUGGCUGACGGUGCCCGACGGUCAGAUCUUCGGAAAAGGUCUGCUGGCAAACCUGAUCAAUGACCUGGCCCUGGAUAUUCCGAAACCUUUGCAACCUAAACUACUGGACCGGAAGUCUCUGAACAGUCUGCGUAGUUGUGGGACAGCACCUCUUGCCGGACCUGCCGGUGACUUGAUCCUCGACCGUACGUACAACUCGCGUGCUUACGUCGCUAUCUUGCAUCUUUCCAGCGGGGCUCGUUUUGCCAGUCUCUGUCGAUAUCAGUUGAACUGCCACACGCCGUCCAUUCAGUCUUAUCAAAUGCCUGUGCGUGUGGCAUUCUCGGUUCGAAUCUGUCUGCAGUGUCUUGCAAUUGCCUUUAUCAUGGUGUUUGGAUUGAAGCACAUCUUCCCUGCCCUCCUCGCAUCACAAGCGAGCUUCACGAGGGCAACGCAAGUCGUGCUGGGCGAUACUUCCGCCGAACAGCCCCAAAUCGGCAAUGUUGCCUAUAGGCUUCCGACUGAACGCACCUUUCUACUGAACGUGCCAGCUGCCUAUAGACACGAAGAACCACAUCCGCUUGUGCUCUCGUUCCACGGAGCCGGCGGCUUCAGUGAAAAGCAGCAACGCAUUACCGAACUUUCUGAUCCAUCCUUGAACAUAGCGGGGAAGCCAUUCCUCACAGCCUAUGCACAGGGUGUGAAUGAUACAGAAUGGAACAUGAGACAUAUCUGGAAAGGGGCACCGUAUGAGAACAGCUCAGUCGACGAUAUCGCCUACGUCUUCGACAUCAUCAAGUCCAUCUCAUCCACAUAUACCGUCGACCAAUCCCGCAUCUACGCAUGCGGAAAGUCUAACGGCGGAGGCUUUACCAGUCUCUUGGCUUGUCGGCCCGAUACUUCAAGCAUCAUCGCCGCGUUUGCACCGGUCAGCCCGGCUCUGUACCAGGGCACCUACGCUUUCCACAACUGCACGCCAUCUCGGCCUGCGCCUAUAUUCCACGUCCACGGUAUCGAGGACACCAUCACCCCAUUCUACGGAAGAACACCCGAGGAAGGUAGUUUCGGCCCGGAGCCAGACGUCAGGUUGUGGAGACGCCAGUGGGCAGAACGCAACGGCUGCGCUAGAGGCACGUACCCUGGCCAGUUUCCACAGCCCGAUCACGUAGAGGAAGUUCAUCCGGGUGCAUGGGAGGAGGUCUGGGACUGUCCUGGCGCAGAAGUCAGGUCGCUAAGCAUCGAGGGCCUUGGUCAUGCGUGGCCUUCGACCAUUGGGUUAGACUUAGCUGGGCGGCCUAAUCACACCGCGAACUUCAAUCUUACGAAUCAGCACCUCGUUCAGUUCUUCUCGAGGCACUCUCUUGGUAAGGUUGCCGAGUAA